UUGGACCCGAACCGAAAUUUCUUUUUUCACCCGACGCCCGAACCGACCCGAAAAAUUUUACCCGAACCCAUGGUCCGGUUCGGUUCGGUUUCGGGUACCCGACCGGGUUGCAGUACUCUAGUUUUAUAUUUUAAUCAAACUUCAUACGAUUCGAAAGAAAUUCCUUCGACUAAAGAAAAAGUCAUAUGAAAUAAAAUGCGCUUGUUUCUAUGCAAGUACUCAAGGUAAUGACUACAUUGUUCUAUACCAUCAUCCAAUCAUAUACUUUCCCUACCCAAAGUGUGAGUGUUAGUCUUGUGUAUUUGAUUUUGAAAUUCAUAUAAGGUAUUGAAGCCCGUUGCGUCGACAAUUUUCGGAUCCGAACCUGAUCGGGUUAUGGAAUAGAAAAAAACCUUAAAGAAGUAUUUCGUAUCUUCUAGAUCUUUUGACAGUGCAGUAAAAAAAAAAUUUAUCCUUCUAAAACUAAACACAAUCAAAUAUUAACAAAAUAUAUUUGUAUCGUUUAAAUGAAAAAUAAUGAUGAUUAUAAUAUAUAGACAAAUACUCACUUCAAUCGAUUCUAUCAUAAUAAAUUUAUUAUGAAUGAUUUCUUUUUUUUUUUUUAGUUAAUUGAUGAUAAAAAGAAAUUAUCUGAACGAUGUGAACGUCUUGUUACUGAAUUAAAAACAAUAGAUAAAAAAUCAAGUGAUCGUUUAAAAAAUAUGGACGAAUCUCAUCGAAUAGAAUUACAAAAAUUAAAAGAUGUUCAUGAAGCUGCAGAAAAAUUACGACGUGAACGUUGGAUUGAUGAAAAAACAAAAAAAAUCAAAGAAUUAACUGUACGUGGUUUAGAACCUGAAAUACAAAAAUUAAUUGGCAAACAUAAAGCUGAAUUAGCUAAAAUGAAAACAAUUCAUGAAGCUGAAUUAUUAGCAGCUGAUGAACGUGCUGCACAACGUUAUGUUCGUAUGACAGAAGAUUUACGUGAUCAAUUAGAACGUGAAAAAGAAUCAGCUAUUGCUCGUGAACGAGAUUCAGCUAGAGAAAAAUAUGAAAAAGCUAUACGUGAUGAAGAAAAAUCCUUUACUGAACAACGUCGUCGACUUUUUACAGAAAUUGAAGAUGAAAAAAAUCGACAAGCUGAAUUAGCAACAAAACAACGUGCUGAUCUUGAUAAACUUCGACAUGAUAUUGAAGAAAAUCAUCGAACAGCUGUUGAUGCUGCUAAACGUGAAUAUGAAGCUAUACGUUUAGAACAAGAUCGACGACAUACAAAUGAAAUAAAUGAAUUAAAAGAAAAAUUACUAUUAGAAAAACAAAGUUGGGAAGAAAAUUAUAUGAAAAAACAAGAAACAUUUUUAGCUACUAAAGAACGUGAAUUACGAGAACAAAUGAGACGUGAACGUGAUAAAGAAAUUGAAAGAAUUAUUUCACAAUUUGAAUCAGAUACAACAAUGACGAAAGAAGAAGCUGAACGUACAGCAGAAAAUCGUGUCAAACGUAUUCGAGAUAAAUAUGAAGCAGAAUUUCGUGAACUUGAACAUUCAGAAAGACAAACGAAAGAAAGAUAUAAUCAAAUGAAAUCACAAAUGACAGAAGUUGAAGGUGAAAAUGAACGAUUGCUAGUUAUACUUAGACAAAAAGAAACAGAAGUUAAUGAUAUCAAGAAAGUAAUAAACACAUAUCAUAAAAUUUUAAAAUUACAGUGCUAUAAAUCUAAGUUCUGUGCUUCAGUUACAGUAACACCUCCCUUAGAUGGGCACCUACGGGACUUUUUCAAAUCGUCCACGUAACGGAGGUGCCCGUGUUAUAGAAUUUUUUACAGAUACCGAUCACAAAUAUGUUUUCUGCAAGCUACGUCAUAAGGAGCGUCCAUACUUACAGUGGCUACCCAAAUUAUUCAACCAGGUUUAUUUUCAAUUUUUUUCUCCUACCUUAACCGCUAGGAACUCUCUAAAUAGUGAUUCGAAUAGAGAAAAUGGUUUCCAACAAGAAUAUAAGAAAAUAAAAAUUAUAAUUAUAUUUCCAAGAA